AUGCUUCCGACAAUCACACAAGACUCGCAGCUUGCGACUGCAGUCGCUAAUGCUGUUCGCCCGAAAUUGGUGGAAAUGGGCUGGAGCACCGAUGACGGCCAGGAGUCGGCUCUGAUCGAAUACAUCGUUUUGAUGCUUGUCAACGGCAAGACUCAGGAACAACUCGCAACUGAGCUUUCAAACGACUUCCUUGGUCUUGACGAGGGUGACACACAGGCCCUUGAGUUCUCAAGAUGGCUCUUCGGUCAAGUUGAGAUCCUCGAUCAACAAAUCAACGGUGCAUCCACGGCAAACAACACCGCUUCCCACGGGCUAUCCGCCACCGCUCAAGACUUUACUCCACAAGGAAACGGGAUGGAUGCAGAGAUGGGCGAUGCAGGCGAUUCUAUCCCCACUGGCCCCAAGGCUAUGCGCAACGGCCGACCAGGUGGUCGAGGACGAAUGCUGAACCAGAUCAAUCGCAACCUGGACCGACAAGGCGACGGCGCGCUCCACCGUGUUCGCGGUCACCAAGGAAAUGGGCGCAUCGGAGGCCACGGACAGAACCAGAUGAAGGGGAACCGAGGUGGCCGUGGAGGUCGACACAUGGGUGGAAUGGGAAUGCAGGGCAAUAUGGGUGGCGGCAUGAUGCAGAUGAGUCCCGAGAAUCAGAUGCAGAUCAUGUCUAUGCUGGAAGAGCAGGCCCGUAUGAUGUCUCAACUCAUGCCUGGCUUCGUUCCUCCCGCCGUCAACCCCGCCUUCCAGAACGGUGGCCAACAAGGCCGCUCACUCUUCGACCGUGUCGAGCCCCAGGGCCAACGCGGUGGACGUUUCCGAGGGCGCGGGGGACAUCAACAACGAAACCGGGGCGCAGACAAUGCCGAUGUUGACAUGGAUACUGGAAUCGACGGCGAGCAGGAUGAGAGCAACCCCAAUAGCAUCUGCCGAUUCAACCUUCGCUGCACUCGCAAAGACUGCCCCUUCGCACACCAAUCUUCCGCUGCGCCCGAGGGCACAUCUAUUGAUGUAUCAGACGUCUGCUCAUUCGGUGCCGCUUGCAAGAACCGCAAAUGCACUGGUCGCCACCCGUCUCCAGCCGUCAAGUCCGCUCACCAAGCUGAAGAGAUGUGCAGAUUCUUCCCUAACUGCACUAAUCCACAUUGCCACUUCAAGCAUCCCGACAUGCCGCUGUGCCGUAAUGGCGCCGACUGCAAAACCGAGGGUUGCAAGUUCACACACGUUCAGGUUGCUUGCAAGUUUAACCCCUGCAUGAACCCUCGCUGCACAUACAAGCACGCCGAGGGCCAGCGUGGUAACUUUGGCGACAAGGUUUGGACCGCAUCCGGUUCGACUAGCGAGCGCAAAUUUGUUGUAGAUGAAAACGCGCCGGAGGAAUUGGUUAAGCCCGAGGCAGACGAGACAGCACACAGCCAGGAGCUUACCGCGUGA